ACCUGUCUCCGCUGCUUUUGCAAUCUCUCUAUUAUCGCUCUGACCAUGGCUGGAAUCACAGUCUCUCCGACGCCUCUGCUAAAGGAUGAGCUGGACAUCGUGAUCCCUACUAUUCGGAACCUUGACUUCCUCGAGAUGUGGAGGCCAUUCUUCCAGCCCUACCACUUGAUCAUAGUCCAGGAUGGGGACCCGUCGAAGGUUAUCAAAGUCCCCGAAGGCUUCGACUACGAGCUCCACAACCGCAACGAUAUCAACAGGAUUCUGGGUCCCAAAGCUUCCUGCAUUUCGUUCAAGGACUCCGCCUGCCGCUGCUUCGGUUACAUGGUCUCCAAGAAGAAGUACAUCUAUACAAUCGACGAUGAUUGCUUUGUUGCUAAAAAUCCAUCUGGGAAGGACAUUAAUGCACUUGAGCAGCACAUAAAGAACCUUCUGACUCCAUCAACUCCAUUUUUCUUCAACACCCUGUAUGACCCAUACCGAGAAGGUGCAGAUUUUGUCCGUGGGUAUCCAUUCAGUCUACGUGAAGGUGCCCCAACAGCUGUUUCUCAUGGUCUCUGGCUCAAUAUCCCAGAUUAUGAUGCUCCCACCCAGCUUGUCAAGCCACUUGAGAGAAACACAAGAUAUGUGGAUGCAGUUCUGACAAUACCUAAGGGAACUCUAUUCCCCAUGUGUGGCAUGAACCUGGCAUUCAACCGUGAAUUGAUUGGCCCUGCAAUGUACUUUGGACUCAUGGGUGAUGGCCAGCCAAUUGGACGCUAUGAUGAUAUGUGGGCUGGCUGGUGCAUGAAGGUGAUAUGUGAUCAUUUGGGAUUUGGAGUCAAGACUGGUCUGCCAUAUAUCUGGCACAGCAAAGCCAGUAACCCUUUUGUGAACCUGAAGAAAGAAUACAAGGGAAUCUACUGGCAAGAAGAGCUGAUUCCGUUCUUCCAAUCUGUUACCCUUCCAAAGGAUUGCACCACUGUGCAGAAAUGCUAUGUUGAAAUCUCCAAGCAAGUCAAGGCUAAACUUGGUAAGGUGGAUGAAUACUUUAACAAGCUGGCUGAUGCCAUGGUCACAUGGAUUGAAGCUUGGGAUGAGCAGAACCCUUCCGAAGGAGUUGUACCAAAUGUUACUGCAAAAUAGAUUUUUGGCUGUCAUUGCUAUCACUUUUGACAGCCCUAGGUUUCUACCUUUAUCCAAGCAUUUGCAUUGAAGAUAGUUGAGUUUUUUAAUUUAGCUUGGAGAGGGAUUCUUCUAUUCAGCAUGGUACUAUAUGACGUUAGAACAAUAAAAGAUAAUGGAUUUUGUAUGUCUAUAGAUUUUGCCUUGGCUAUUUUAUCUGAGAAUGAUUGAGAUUAUGGCCUUUCAUGAAUGUUAAUGGUAUAUGUGGUUGGUUUA